AUGGGAAUUAAGGGACUAUUAGGAUUCUUAAAGUCCUCUCAAACUCCCUCCCACGUAGAGGAGUUCUCAGGUAAAACAUUGGGAGUUGAUGGUUAUGUUUGGCUACACAAAGGUGUGUUUACAUGUGCUCAUGAACUGGCAAUGCAAAAAGACACAGAUAAAUACAUCAAAUAUGCAGUCCAUCAAGCUUUAAUGCUUCAGUAUUAUGGUGUAAAACCAAUUAUUGUCUUCGAUGGAGGACCUUUGCCUUGCAAAGCACCUACUGAGCAAAAAAGGAAAGAGCGCCGGGAAGAAGCUUUCAGAUUUGCAAAACAACUGUGGGAUGAAGGAAAGAAAGGUCAAGCAUUUGCUCAAUUCUCUCAUUGCGUCGAUGUUACACCUGAAAUGGCAGCAAAAGUAAUAGCUGCAUUGAAGGAGCAUGGAAUUUCAUCGAUAGUAGCGCCAUACGAAGCAGAUUCUCAACUUGUUUAUUUAGAGAAAGAAAGGAUCAUCGAUGGCAUUAUUACGGAGGAUUCUGAUAUGCUUGUUUUUGGAGCAAAACAAGUUCUCUUCAAAAUGGAUAGUUUCGGAAAUUGCGUUAAGAUACAGCGUGAGGACCUUUUUAAAAAGCAAGAGGUAGAUUUGAGGCUCCUGUCUGAUGAAAAGUUUCGCCAUAUGUCAAUCUUUUCGGGAUGUGAUUAUACAGACGGCAUCGCUGGAAUGGGUUUAAAGACGGCUUUACGUUAUAUUCUUCGAUAUCAUGAUCCUCGUGCUGCUAUCCGUGCGAUGCGUCUUGACAAAAGUCUCAAAGUACCAAUUGCUUUUGAGAAAGAAUUUUUAUUAGCAGACCUUGCUUUUAUGCAUCAGAGGGUUUAUUGCCCUAAACUGAAACGUAUAGUGCAUCUGUCACCAACAACGAGAGAGAUGACUCCUGAAGAGGACUCUUAUAUUGGUCCUUUCAUCGAAGACCAAAUAGCAAUUGCAAUUGCCGAGGGUAGAUUUGAUCCAGUGACUAAAAUCGCUUUUACCGCAAAGAAUCCGUUGACAGACAACAGCUUCCACCAACAAGAGAACAAUUCUGAAUCUACAAAGAGAAAGGGUAUAACCAAGACGGACAUUUCUACCUUCUUUAUGGGAACACGACCACCAAACAAGCGCCCAAAGAAAAUUUCCAGCAUGGGUUGUAUUCCCAGUCAAGAAAAGCCAUUGGACAAAUUCGUAACACCUCAAAAGCAGGAACCUUUAGCUACCGUAAAGGAGAGUGAAAACGAAAAUAACCAUAUAAAAACGCCCCAACAGGAAUUACCGUCACCAACGAAGACUUCUUCAGAGCCGCGACAAUUUGGCAAAUCUUUGUCAGACAUUAGCCAUUUGGUGAGAAAGAGUGAAAACAUUGCUCCAUUUUCUGCACCAGGUGGGAGUAGCAAAUACUUUUCUCAGAAGAAGCCCGAUGAAAAACAUAUCAUUAAUGAGGCGUCUCAGAAAGAUGAAAAGGAGAACAUUUCGAUUACUUCUCCUUCGCCAGCUCCAAAAAGCUGGUUUUCUUCGUUUUCGUACAAGUCCUCAGCGAUGUCACGUCCAUCAACACCGUUAAGCAAAAUUGGCCAAGAUGCUUUAAACCGAAGGACUGGACGUUCAUUACCUUUACAGUCAAAGUCGACUGUGUCUUCCAAGCCGUCGUCCCCUUCAUUACCUGAACGCCCUAAAGGGGUUUUGUCAUUGCAGCAUUAUAAAUUUCGUUAA